AUGUCUACUAAAUCAUUAAAAGAUUCCGAAUUCAUCAAACUGAAGCACGUUCAGUAAAACUAGAAAAACCAUUACGCUAAUUUUGGGAAGGCAGUUUACUGUUCAGUUGGAUUCCUAAUUCUUUACACAGCGUUAAACCCCACUCAAAUUUCAUAUACAUAGAUUUUAACCAGUAACAACUAUGAUUAAUUAGGCAAUUUUUGUCUAGCUUUGUCAUAUCUAUUUUAUGGCAUUGGAUGUUUAGUAGCAUCAUAUAUAGUAGAAAAUCUAGGUCUAAAAUUCUCUCUCUCAAUUGCUGCUCUAUCUGACACUAUAUGGAUAUUAUCUAUUAUUCCACCAGCAUAUUCUUCUUAAAAUGAUACAAAUAAUGGCAUGAUUAUCACUAAUACAGGCUUUGUAUAUACUACAUAGAUAUUAAUUUAGAUAAUUCAGGGGAUCUGUUUAGGCCUUAAAUGGGUUGCAGGAGGAAAAUAUAUUUCAUAAUGUGCUACAGAAGAAACUAGAGGUUUUUACUUUGGCAUAUUCUGGGGAAUAUUUAUGAUAUCAAUGGUACUAGGCAGUUUAAUAGCAGCAUUCAUUUCGAUUCAUUUCAAUUAGACAACAUUCCUAUUUAUUAUGGCUACUAUUGCUACCUUGUCUAUAGUUGUAUUUUCUACUUUAGCAGAACCCAUCCCUUAAGAAAGAUAUUUACCAGCAGAAAAUGAGAAUGAUUACCAGAGUGAAGAGGAUGAUGAAAUAAUAAAAUUACAAAGCUGCGAAAGGAUUAGGUUGUUUAAAAAAUGUGAAAACUACUAAGCAAUUGAGCAAAAGUCUGAUUCAUGUAAUGAAUAUAAUAGGAGUAUUAAUUAAGUGUUCACAAUUUAAAGAUAAUCAAUAAAAGCUGCUCCAAUUUCCUUGAAAAUUGAGGUAAAAGAAAUAUUACAACUCAUUACUUCUAAAAGGAUGCUGCCUUUGUUGCCACAACUCAUUUGGCUUGGAGCAAGUAUUGCUAUUUAUUCUGGGAUAUUAGUAAUUAUUAUUAUUGAAACACAAUCUUUUGGAGAUGACUAGUAAAAAUUUUUCUAGUCAAUGCUUACAAUGGUAUCAUUUGGAGCAGGUGAGAUUAUGGGUAGCUUAAUUUCUGGCUUAAUGAUAGAUUACUACGGAAAUAAAAAAACUGUUUAUAUGAAUAUUCUAUUGGUAUCUCUUUAAACUUGUCUAAUGUUUGUCUAUAUGAUUGACUAUAAGUUUUCCUCAUUUGCCUUCUUGCUGACAUUUGUGUGGGGCUUAUAAGAUAGCUCAAAUAAUACCUUAUCAGUUGAAAUUCUUGCUUUUGAAUUCACUAAUAAUUCCUAAUCAAUUGCAGUAUCAAAUUUCAGUUUAGCUAUGGGUGCAUUAGCGUUCAAUUUUAUUUAGGGUUUUAUCAAAGGAAAAGAACAGUACUUGAUUUAUACAACAAUUAUUGGGUUUUUUGGAAUAUUAUGUAAUAUUUCAUCAUUAUUUUUCUAAUUCAAACCUAUGCCUAAAGACAGUAAGUAAUCUAUGAAAUCAAUGAAUUAUAAUGAUGAUUGUAAUUGA